AUGGAAACGGCCAAAAAUCUAGAAGGGCGUAAGGGGGAGGUGGAGAAAAUAUCUUUAUUUAUGAAGAAUUUCAGACCUUCAUUUCCUCAGCUAUUCAAAAGAAAAAGUGGAUUACCUUUGAAACCAAUUUUCCUCUCAUUUUUUCUUCUAAUAGUCGGAAUUUGUUUCUUAUAUUUAGGAACAACUUUGUUUCUUUCGAAAAAAUACUAUGAUUCAACACCAUCUUUGUUUUUGGGAGUACUAUGUAUUAUUCCAGGUAGUUAUUAUUCCUUUUCAAUAUUACAGAUUUUACGAGGAAUAUCAGGAUAUUCUUUUGAACAACUAGACAUUUCCUAA